AGGCUCCCCGUCGCCAUGGCUCCCGGUCGCCUUGGACCCCCCGUGCUCCUCGUCCUCCUCCUCCUCCUCGUGCCGCUGCUGUUCUCGUCUCUCGCCGAGGGGGCCCCUGCUGCCGCCGCGGUCCCCGGCGCCCCGGGCCCCCCGCGGCAGGCCAACGACUCCGGCUGGUCCGUGGAGUCGGGGCACGGCUCCCUGCCGGGCCACACCAAGGUGCCCAAGGGCGACUGGCGCCUCAGCGUCCUCUCCAUCGACUACAGCGCCGUGCAGUACCCGCUCGAGGUCACGCUCUGGAUCAUGCUCGCCUCCAUCGCCAAGAUCGGCUUCCACCUGGCGCGGCCCAUCUCCACCUUCGUGCCCGAGAGCUGCCUGCUCGUCAUCAUGGGCCUGCUGGUGGGGGCCGUCAUCCGCGUGGCCCACCCGCCGCAGCUGCCCUCGCCCGACCUCGUGUUCGGGGUGGACGCCUUCUUCCUCUACCUGCUGCCCCCCCUCAUGCUCGACUCGGGCUACUUCCUCCCCACUCGCCAGUUCAUGGAUAACAUCGGGACCAUCAUCAGCUACUCGGUGUUUGGCACCCUGUGGAACGCGCUCAGCAUCAGCCUCUUCCUCUUCGGCAUCUGCCAGAUCUCCGUGUUCAACCUGGACGACAUCCCCAUGCUGCAGCUGUGCAUGUUCGGGAGCGUCAUCUCCGCCGUCGAUCCGAUCUCCGUCAUCGCCGUCUUCGAGCAGAUCCAAGUGAACGAUCAGCUGCAGACGCUCGUGUUCGGGGAGUCGCUGCUGAACGACGCCGUCACCGUGGCGCUGUACCAGCUCUUCCUGGAGAUGUGCGACAUGCAGAAGGUGCUGGGCAUCGACGUGGCGGUGGCGAUCCUGCGGGUGGUGCUGUGCGGCUUGGGCGGCAUCGUAGUGGGGCUCUUCUACGGCUUCCUGGCGGCGUUCGCGUCGCGCUUCACGCACCGCGUGAGCGUCCUGGAGCCGCUCUUCGUCUUCCUCUUCGCCUACCUGGCCUACCUCACCGCCGAGAUGUCCAAGCUCUCCGGGAUCAUGGCCAUCGUGUCGAGCGCGGUCCUCAUGCGGCCGUACGUGGAGGCCAACAUCAGCUACAAGUCCCGCACCACGAUCCGCUACGCCGUGAAGACGCUGAGCAGCGUGAGCGAGACGCUCAUCUUCAUGUUCCUGGGCGUCUCCACGGUGUCGGCGCGAGGCCACGAGUGGAACGGGGCCUUCAUCUGCUUCACGCUCAUCGCCUGCCUCAGCUGUCGCAUCGUCGGAGUGCUCGUCAUCACGUACAUCACCAACAAGAUGCGACUCGUGCCGCUGGGCAUCAAGGAGCAGUUCGUCAUCGCCUACGGCGGCCUGCGCGGCGCCGUCUGCUUCUCCCUCGUCUUCCUGCUUCCCACCGACCCCUUCGUCCGCAAGUCGGUCUUCCUCACCGCCAGCAUCGCCGUCAUCUUCUUCACCGUCUUCGUGCAGGGCACCACUAUCCGCCCGCUACUGCAGAUGCUGGACGUGGAGCGGCGGUCGGGGCACGUGGCCACCAUGGCGGAGGAGAUCGCCAUCCGGAGCCUGGACCACCUGGUGAUCGGCAUGGAGGACAUCUGCGGCCACUACUCCCACAACAACGUCAGAGAGAGGUUCGAGAAGUUCAACCGGAGGUUCCUGUGGCCCCUGCUGGUGCGCGAGGACGCGCACGAGGACUCGCACAUCCUGGGCAUGUACCGCAAGCUAGAGAUGAAGCAGGCGAUGCAGCGCAUCGACAUGUUCCGAGUGCCGUCCACAGCCUCCGUCCUGUGCCUGGAAGAGAGGUCGUCCGUUGUAUCUGGGCAGAGUGUGGACGAGCGGCCCAAGGACGUGUUUGGUAAAGACGAUCGCAUGAAGGACAUCCGACGUCUCUUGAACAGGAGUCUCUACCGGCCCCGAAAGAGGAUAUCGUCCUACAGCCGUCACUACCUGCCUACGGAGAGCCAGGAGACGGAGGUCUUCCUGCAGAACUCGAACCCUGAGCAGCUGGAGAGGAGGCUGCGCCGUCACGGGACUCUGCCCGCGCGCUCCACGCGGGACCCGCCCCACGUGCGGCCUCGCGCCGUUCACACCCUCGAGAGGUCAAAGGUCCUCCGGCCACGGGACGGACGAGACGAGGGGGACGGCGGAGGAGAAACGCAGAGCCUGGCGGGCCCGGCCACCUUCAGGAUCGGCUCUUCCAACGCGAGCUCCGACGACGAAGCGGCCAAUUCUGGGAACGAGGCGAGGGGCAGCAAUGGGGCACACCGGCUCGCUGGGCGGUCGAGCUCGCUGCUGCACAGGCCCCACACAUAACGCACCCCGCGCAUAGCGCACCACGCACAUAGCGCACCACGCACAUAACGCACCCCGCGCAUAGCGCAUCACACAUAACGCGCCCCUAGCAUAACGCACCACACGCUUAGCGCACCCCGCAAAUAGCGCACCGCGUAUAGCGCACCACGUGCUUAGCGCACCGCGCACAGGGCGCGUUCAGCUCACAGGAGGUCGCCUGCGUCGAGACAGACGACCCACUUCGUGCACAUGGAAUAGCAACAUUCUUCUCGAGAAGCCCGGGUGAAAUUGUGUGUUUUUUUAAUGUUUAGCUCCCAAUAUUUUGUAAGGAUUGAUAACUCGUGUCAUUGUUGUUUUAUCUCAAAAAGCUGUUUAUGUAGAAGUGCUUUUUGUGUUUAGUGUGUUGUCCUCCCUGCACACCUUCAAUUAGCACGGUUGGCUACGUGCGGUGCGAAAUAAGUUAAACAUUCAUACAAGCGAUAUUAAUUGGGUUUUCUCUUAUUCUUUGGGUCUUAGAUAGGUUCAAAUUAAUAACAAAUAAAAUGUUAUUUUUUUAUUUAAUGUUUAUUUUAAUUUGAUUAAGUUUAACCUAUCUACGUGACUUUACCAAAAGACCCAAAGACGAUGAAUUCCUGCAGGCUCGAAAGCUUGAAGUCGUCAAGGGUUUUCUCUUGCCUAGUAACCAGACAAAACUCCCACGUGGGUCCUGAACAGCUGCUGAACUUUGGGUAAAUUCGCGCGAUGGUCCACCGGGUGACACAAGAGACCACGGCGGUGAUGGUGGAGUCGAAGGACGUCUCUGUAUUUACCACUGUGACUGAAGUGGAUAACGGGUUUCCUUCAUUACACUCGAACUCCGGUAGAAGCUGAUCCCAAAUCCCGUAGAGAGGCAGGACCGAUGCUGGCACCAACGGUGACGAAAGCGGCUGGUAACCCCAGCAACGCGGCUGGUAACCUCAAGCAACGCGGCUGGUAACCCCAAGCAACGCGGCUGGUAACCCCAAGCAACGCGGCUGGUAACCCCAAGUAACGCGGCUGGUAACCCCAAACAACGCAGCUGGUAACCCCAAGCAACGCUGCUGGUAACCCCAAGCAACGCGGCUAGUAACCCCAAGCAACGCGGCUGGUAACCCCAAACAACGCAGCUGGUAACCCCAAGUAACGCUGCUGGUAACCCCAAGCAACGCGGCUGGUAACCCCAAGCAACGCGGCUGGUAACCCCAAGCAACGCGGCGCAGGUGAUCAUUCUGCGGUGGCAGCUCCAUCGCGCGUGCACCGUGACAAUUGAACUCUCCUUCGAAGCCGGACCAAGUCACGGGAAUCGUUUUCAUUUGCUUUGAGACGCAGCAGCCUCUUGAUGUCACCCCAGGCUCUUUGUUUAAGGGGCCGCUUCGUGGCGUUGCCCGUUCAGGACCACCGUCUCGUGUCCACGUGCAUUGCUUCUCUUGAAUGAGGGAGCUGUGUUGCUUUUUUACCGAAUUCAAAAUACUAUAAUGAGCCAAGAAUGUCUGUGUGUAACGCGCGUGACGUCACUCCACAUGCCCCCCCCCCCCGCCGUCGUUAAUAUUCAUGAGCGGGUGGAUUUUUGCACUCAAACAGAAGGUCGAGCGGAAAUAUUUUUUUUCGCAUAUUCGCUUUAAGUUUCACGUUUCUUUAUUGAAAGUGAAUCUAAUAAAUAAUUCAACGCAGCAACAAAGUGGACGUGGUGUCUUUAUUACUUCUGCUUCUACAUUAUGGUAAAAUAGACAUUUCUCUGCGAUUUUCCAGUUAUUGUAUCGAAUUCCUAUUUAUUUCAACCUCAGCGACUGAAAGCAGAAGAGAAUAAAGUAUCAGAGCAGUGAAUUUUAACAAAUUGAAGGUCGGUUAUAUACAAUGCUAGUGACGUGAAGUGAGGUGUUUUAUGACUUCGUUUUGUGCAAUAUUCACUGACAUUAAAUUUACACAAGAUACAAUAAUUAUGCUCUGCUCAAUUUUUUC